GGGGUGGGAGUACGUGGAGGCGCCUCCAUAAACGAGUCCGCAUCGGGGACGACUCGCUUCCUUGCAAGAUGGUCCUUUAGAGCCAGCCGCCGCCUAGACCCGAUGCGCUGGCGACGGGCUUGGAGGCUCCAGCUGGCAGUUCCGUCUUGAACUUAGCGUGAAGCGGCGCCCCUGACGAGGAGAAGAGAGAGGGGCCUCCGUGUGUGUUCUUGUGCUUGGUUGCCUGUCGGGCCUCUCGCUUGUGCCGUAUUGUCCAUAUCGUAACUUCUGUCUUGCUUCGUGUUACCCCAGCCCGCUGCUAAAUGGCGCGUCCUAUAAACCCAAACAAGCCGUCCGCUUCCGCGUUGGGUCUUUCUCCUGCCUUCGGAGCUAACAACUGCAUUUUAGCAUCUUCCCCUGAAUUGCAGUUCUCCAUAUCAUGCCUGAGAUCAAAAUGGUGUAUCUGCAAAGCACAGAAAGACAGGAAGUGGCAUGGGUUCCAGUUUUGGGAUUAGAAGAACCCGAUUUUGGUCAGCAACUAGAGAAGAUGUAAAACUGCGUUAAUUCUAUGUGAUGACUGCAAUGUAAAGAAAUCCUUGCACUCAUGGAGUGUAAAGCUCUACCUCCUCUGGUUUGCAACUCCCCUCAGUUUGUAUUUAGCAAAACAUUGCAAGCAAAACCUUGGAUGCCCUGCAGAGCAGAGACAGUUUUGCAGUGAUUGGCUGGACCCUGCCUCCAGGAGAGCCUGUGUCACAGAAAAAGCUAACUCAAGAGGAGGAGGAGUCGGUCUGCCUAGUGGAACUUGUAGACUCAGUAUGCAACCUUCCUUGACUCCUGAAGGAGCCAAUUCCAAAUGCCCCGCAAUGGAUGAUGACAGUCAGGAUGAACUCAUAAACAAGAAUGCUACAUUAGGCAAAGUGAAAAGAACGAAUGCGCUGCUCUUCACUGAUGCAGAAGAAAGCAGUGAUGGAAAUAGUGGGGACUCAGAUGAUACAGGAAGUGAGGAAGAUGAUACUGAUGAAGAUGGAGGUGAAGAGGAUGAAGAAGGUGAAGAUGAAGAUCUAGAAGAUUCUGAUGAAGAAGAGGAGGAGGAAGAGGAUGAAAUGGAAAUUGCUGCUAAGCAACCAACACAUUUGGCGAAGGCAAAGCCACAACUUAAUGGGGGAGUUGCUUCUUCUUCUGAUGAAGAUGCUGAAAAUUGCCCUAUAUGCCUCAAUACAUUCAGGGAUCAGGCAGUUGGAACACCUGAGAACUGUGCCCAUUACUUCUGCCUCGAUUGCAUAGUGGAGUGGUCUAAAAAUGCCAACUCUUGUCCAGUGGAUCGGAUUAUUUUUAAAUCUAUCUGCGUUCGAGUGCGUUUGGGUGGAGAAAUCGUAAAAAAAAUUCCUGUUGAGAAUAAAAAAUCUCUGGAAGAUGAGCUGGAGGAUGAUCCAACCUUCUGUGAAGUGUGUGGUCGAAGCGACAGAGAAGAUCGCCUGUUGUUGUGUGAUGGCUGUGAUGCAGGAUACCAUAUGGAAUGCCUUAAUCCACCUCUAAGUGAGGUGCCUGUGGAUGAAUGGUUCUGCCCACCAUGUGCUCCAGCAAAUGCUGCCCCUGUUGACGCUGAAGCAGAUCAUGUGAGUGAAGAAGAGGUUGCGUCCCUCAUCGCUGAUGUUAUCCCUACCACCAGUAGACUGCGCCCUAGUGUCCGAACUCGAGCUAUCGCCAGAACUCGCCAGAGUGAGCGUGUGCGGGCAACAGUGAACAGAAACCGGAUAACAUCUGCACAGCAAAUUCAGCAUGUACCAAGGUACUUUCUGUCUUCCCUUCUUGAUGAAACAAUUGAGGCAGUUGCAGCAGGCCUGAGCACGGCAGUCUACCAGAGACCAUUGACUCCUCGGGCUACAACUAAGAAGAAACGGAAAAGAGGGAGGAGAAAGAAAAUGGCAGGCAAAAAAUCUUAUGCAAAAUCAUCUGUUGGAAAAAAGAGCACUGGGGUUUGGAUUAAGAGACGCAAGCGUCGAGCAAAGAGGAGGAAAGGGAAAAAAUUGAAAACAGAGGUGACUGCUCGUUCCCGAAUUGCUAAAACUCUUCGUCUUGGAAAGCCUGUGCAUGGCACAUCAAUCCCUUCCAUAUACAAACCAGUAGAACCUUCGCUUGGCCUUAUGAGAGCAGAUAUUGGAGCAGCCUCUCUUUCUGUUUUUGGAGAUCCUUUUGAGCUGGAUCCGUAUAACAGUAAUGAAGAGCUUCCUGUCAAUUCACCUUCACCUCUGAGCACCAAAAGAAGAGCCCUUUCUCAGUCAGCACUUAGAUCCCAUCGCCCUGUUGCUAGGCCGGUUGCUGUGGGGCUUCCUGGGAGGAGUGUGCCUGCCUUGAUACCUGAGACAGAAGCUGAGCCAGCACCGGUGCCAGAUCUGUUGGGGAGCAUCCUGACUGGACAGAGUCUUCUUAUGAUGAGUGGUUCUGAUGUUGUCAUUAAUAGAGAUGGAUCAUUAACAGUAAAGAAAGCAGUCCCAUUGUUGCAUGGCAGCUCAGUAAGCAAUUCAAGAGCAGAGGAAGACUCGGAGGACAGUGCCCAGUCUGGUGCAUCACAUGUGGGGGGCCCAGUUAGUAGCUCUGGAGCUAAAUCUUUGGUUUCUUCACAACUAAAUACAAACCUCAGACCCACAUUGUCAAAUGCUCACUCAUCUUCCCCAUCAUCUCUAAGCAUAGCAAACAAAGCUGUGAGUCCACCACAGACUACAUCUGGAAGGGCACCCAUUAGGUUUGAAUACUCAAUGACUCCAAGGUCUGUUCAGACACAGAAUUUAGCAAAUCUGAAUAGAUGUGGCCCCAAAUUCAAUGAAGGCUCCAGAUUUAAUGGAAGCACUAAGUUGGCUGUGGCCCCUCAUUCUGCAUCUUCUAAGCUGCUGCACAAUAACUCAAGUUCAGUUUCAAAACCUAUACCUGCAAGGCAGCCUGUAAAACCUGUCCCUAAAAGGAUUGAUAUCUCUGAACUUCCCAGAAUACCAAAGAUUAAAAAGGAAGCAAGUAGUGGUCACUUGGGAUCGCAAUCUGCUAGUGACGGAAGUGUUGACUUUCCCAGCUCCUGUAUAACACAGCUGACCGGCAAAGGGAAUACAAGCCAGGCAGUCAGAGGUGGUAAAAUGGAAAGCAGCAAACCAAAUGCCACUCAGCGGCAAGCACAGACGAGUGGAGGCUUUCCUUCAGCAAAUGCUGUUGCUCAUGGCAGUUCUGUGCUUCAUCCAUCAAAGGGGAAAGUUGGAAGCUCUUCCUUUGAGAGCUUUAAAAUCAAUAUCCCUGGAAAUGUUGGACAUUCCAGCAGACUGUCUAACCCUGGAUUUUGCAAUACCUUCCGACCUGUUGACAAUAAACUGCAACAGAAGGAGAAUCCUUCCCCUCUCUUCUCAUUGAAAAAAAAACCGAUCAAAAGUGAAAUAUAUGAUCCUUUUGAUCCAACAGGCUCAGAUUCAAGCUCAACAAAUAGCAGUCCUGAAAGACUGCCCCUCACUAAUAUCACCAGAACAAUAUCCAUAACAAGUCCAAAAGUUCAGACGUUCCAAACAGUGCGCCGCAUUACCCCUUACACACUAGAAAAUAUCUUUGGAUCCGGAGCAGAGUCAUCUGAUGUGCUGUCAAGUAACACAGAGUCUCAUGAUGAUGUGGUGAUUAAGGAGAGGCUUGUGGAACAAAUUUCUGAUGAAGAACAAGACAAAGUUGAUGAGGAGGAACUGUCUAGUACACCCUCUACUUCAUCUGCCGUCAAGCAAGUUAUUGAAGCAGAGCACUUCAGUGAAGAUGAUAAGGAUAGUUCUAGGAUAGUUUUUGAAGAUGACCAAGGUAAACCUAGAGUGAAAAUGGAACUGGACAGCCCAAUAAGAUACAAUGAGCACCAACACACAUUUAAAAAUGAGCUAGCAGAGAAGCGAUCUUUUUCUCGUUCCCCAUCAAAUUCCAGUUCUCUGAGACAGAAUAAAAUAAAAACAGAAAAGGCAACUGUGAAAGAAUACAAAUACAUUCGCUCAAGAUCUAGAUCGUGUUCAAGAGACCGAAGCUCUAGAUCCACUUCCUGCUCAGUUGAAGAAAACUAUAACAAAAGUCACAGGAUUAAAUCAAAAGUCAGGCAGUCAUCAAGCGAUCGCUCCAGUAGUCACGAACAAUUGAAAAAAAAGAAAUCAAAAGAUAAAUCUAAAGACAAAAAAGCAAAAAGCUCCUGGCCAAAAGAACACAAGAAAUCUAGAUCACAAUCUGGUAGUCCAGACAACUCUUCUUCUGAGUUCUAUGGAAGCAGGAAAAAGAAAAAGCACUCUACCUCUAGAGCAAGGGGACGAGAAUGUUCCCGAUCAAAUAGCACUGAGAGAACUAAAAAGAAGAAGCGCAGAAGAGAGAGGAGCUUUGACAAAUAUGAGAAGGAGAGGACCUUGAGAUCUCAAGGAAGAAAAAGAUCAAGGUCUAGGUCUCGAGAGAGGCGAAAAAGGAGAUCCAAGUCCCCUUCUGUGUCAGGAUUUUGGGAGCCCAAGGGAACUAAAUCUAGAGAAAAACAGCAGCGAUCCAGAUCACAUUCUAAAGAAAGGAAAUGGAAGCCAAAGGAGAAGUUGGCACUUCAAGAGAAGGACCAGAAAUCUUCAGAUGACAACCUAGACAACUGUCUUCAACAUGCUGCCCCUUGGACACAAGAGCUGAAAGAUACAGUGGAAGAAUCAUUGAACAUCCAUUUGGACCCGAUUCCUGUACAGGAGAUUCCUCCAAAGGGUAACAUAAUUGAAGUUAGUUUGGAGGAGCCUGUAGCAGUGGAGGAAAUCUGUGAGAAGUUUAAAAAUGAAGCAGUUCCUUCCCAGCCAGGGAGCUCAAGUUCUGAGGUGUUACUUGACAACAUAGAUUUUUCUGUCGAUAAAGAACUGAGAUUGGGCAGUGAUUCACUGGGGCUUGGAGAUCAAAAUAGAGUGAAAGAGGAAGAAACUGCACCUAAAGAAGAAGAUAGUGAAGUGUGCUCAUUUUUAACAGAGUCUCCUCUAGAGGAGGAGGAACUUGUACAGGAUCAUGCUGAGGCAACAACAACACAAGCUUCAUAUGAAAUUGAAACACCAACAGAGGCUAAAGAUGCGGGAUUUGCGUUAGAUGAUGUAGCAGAUGGAAAUCAACCAGAACAGGAGGCCAUAGCCCAAGGUCCUGUCUUGAAAUCGAAAGCACUAGUGAAAAGGGUUACGUGGAAUCUACAAGAGGAAGAAAGUGAUACAGCAACUGUAGACAAAAUGCCAAGAGUGCCAUUCUGCAAACAGCAGAGAACAAAAGAAGGGGUCUGGAAAGCAGAGGAUUUGACCCAAACAUUAAAUCAGGUGCAGUUAACUGAGCCUCCUCCAACCAAUUAUAUGAUUCCUGAGCCUAUGUUUCCUGAUCUAGAUUCCUCUCAGGUUUACAACCAAAACCUGCCUUUGACCGCACCUCUCCCCUCAAGUCUGCCACCCUACGCACCUGUCAGUCAGCCCACUGUGCAGUUCAUCAUGCAAGGGAGUCUUCCUCUGCUCAGCUGUGUAGCUGGGCAGGGGCUGACGCCAGAGCCUGGCAAUAUGGCUACGGCCUCAGAGCCAGGAAUCCAGGCAGCUUCCACAGGAGAUACGGAGGAGAAGGUCAAAGCACCCAAAUCCCCAAUAGAAAAAACAAAAAAUGAAGAGUACAUGAAGAAACUUCACAUGCAGGAGAGGGCUGUGGAAGAAGUGAAACUUGCAAUUAAGCCUUUUUAUCAGAAGAGGGAGAUCACCAAGGAGGAAUACAAGGCUAUUCUUCGGAAGGCAGUGCAAAAGAUCUGUCACAGCAAAAGUGGUGAAAUCAACCCUGUGAAAGUGGCUAAUCUUGUGAAGGCUUAUGUUGAGAAGUACAAACACAUGAGGAAACAUAAGAAGGCCGACGCAGAAGAAGAACCUAAUGAAAUGGGGAACUGAUUAAAAUUGGGAACUAAAAACCCCUGGUGAAAUGGAAUGGAGGCUCUUCUAGCCAAGGAAUUUUUCUUCUUCAAGAGGGCAAUGGGGAUAUGCAAUUGCAUGUUGCAACAGCCCCACCCCCCCUCAGAAACUGGAUCCUUCUUGGAGGAUGACACAUUUUCAUAUAGGAGUAGAAUCUCCUCUUGGAUUUGUCUGCAGUUCAAGAACCAAAUAUGUCAGCAUAUCCCCUUAUCUUGUGGAGUAACUCUGGACAAAAAAAACUGUGUGUGUUUUGUAGUGGUAGGGGAUUCCCUAUCAACUUUCAUGGUUUCCUUUGAUCAUAUUUUUCAGUCCGUACAUCUGUCCACAAUUUAAAGCAGGCAUUUUUAUAUGUGGUAUACUGCAAUGUAUACUGUUCCCAUUGUGUUCUUAUUUAUCAGAAAUAUAGAUUCUUUAGCUAUUUCUCAGAAAUGAGUUUAAUAUUUGAACCGUGGUAUUUUUAGCCUGUUCGAUGAGAGAAACUUUGAUUUGCUCUUUCUUCUGGGAGUUGCAGAUGUGUGCUGAAGAUAUGCACUAACCUUUAUAAAUUCUCUACUGAAAAUACCGCUUCAGAGGUGGCACUUAUUUACAUUUUGUUAAACUAUCUCUACGAGGAACUCCAUUUGGGACAUGGGGGAGUAUUGUGUUGACAAGGGACCGAACUGUGUUGUGCUUCCUGUGAAUAAUGUGCUGAAGGUUGGUUUUGCAUUUGUUUUGCAUUCAACAACGCUGCCUUUCACUGAGGGGAAAAGAGAGCAACAUCUGCAGACGUUCAGUAGUAAAUCUGAGGAAUACGAUAGAAGGAUGUACAAAGCAGAAAUGUGACAGUUUAUAAAGUUAUUUUGAAUUGUU